AUGUCGUCUAUGCGAAAUGCCGUCGCGCGGCGACCUCACCGCGAGCGAGCUCAACCUUUAGAGCGUAAGAGACUCGGUCUUCUUGAGAAGCACAAGGAUUACACCCUUCGUGCUCAAGACUUCAACAAGAAGAAGAAGACUCUCAAGAACCUCCAAUCCAAGGCCGACGAGCGAAAUGAAGAUGAAUUCUACUUUGGCAUGAUGUCCCGAAAGGGACCCGGCUCUAAACUCAAGGAUGGCAAGAAAUGGCAGGGAACAGUCGCAGGCGAUCGAGGAAACAAGUCCUUGGACGUCGAUACCGUGCGACUCCUCAAGACUCAGGAUUUGGGCUACGUUCGAACGAUGCGACAAGUUGUUUCGAAGGAAGUUGCCCAGUUGGAAGAGCAGGUAGUCCUCACCCGAGGAUUCAAUAAGCUGGACGAAGAUGAGGAGGAAGAGGAAGACGAUGGCAGCGACUCCGAGUUCGACUUCGCCACCGCCCCUUCAAAACCUAAGGCCCCACGAAAGAUUGUAUUCAUGGACGACGAGCAAGAACGAGAAGAAAUAUUAGGGGACCGCCUGGACAUGGACGAUGAAGACGACGCCGAGAAGAAAGAGGAUAGCAAGGACGAGGAGGAGCGCGCCAAGAACCUUCGCCGUCUCCGCAGUCAACUCGAAAACGCUCGCAAAAAGCUCAAGGUCCUCACAGACGCCGAGCACGAACUCGAGAUCCAGCGCGCAAAGAUGGCAAAGACGAAGACAUCCGGAGGAACUACACGUAAAGGAAAGAAGAUCAUGAUCCGAACAAGAAAGCGAUAA